AUCUAUUUAUUUCAUAGUAUUAGCAUUAUCUUAUCAAAGCGACCUUAACCUAACCUUGCUUGCUAUAUAAAAAAUUACACAUUUAAAUUAAUUACACGAUUAAUAAAAAGGAAAUGAAAAAAUGUUAGAUUAAUCUGUCUAUUGACUGUCUAUACUUUGUUACUGAUCUGGCUGAUUGUUUACUAUAAGAUAAUAUAUUUAAGUAAUUUUCUUAGCUAAGCCACCAUUUUAUGGGUUAUUUAGGGCACAAAUCGGGUUAGACGUAUAAAGGGAAAAAUCGAAGUCUCAGGGAGUAAUACGAAAGGGAAGCACAAAAAAUGAAACAGUCACUGGUUGAUAAAUAUACUGCAAUCGUGAGGAGGUCAACUAUAGCUCUGAGAGUAUAUGUUUAAGGAGAUAAGGUAAUUUCUUUUAUGAAUAAAUCAGCUUACUAACCCGAAGAAAUUAAAUUCUUAUAUCCUUGCAGAGGGUAUUGUGAUUCUGAUUUUCUUAGUCAGCAUCUCUCGAUGAGUCGGUUUCAAUAUCUUGUACCACUUAUUGAAGAAAUUAUGGGUCAUGUUGUUCUUCAUUAUUUCUUCAGUAUCCAACGUUUUUUCCAGUGCUCAUACUCUUAAGAUGAUUUUCUUUUGUGCCGAAAAUGCGAAUCGUAGGUAAACAGAGCUAAUUCCGCACCCCAUUCUGAUCACACAGACAUGACCUAUCCCUCGAAAUCCGAGGCGGGAAAAGAAAGCAGCUGCUUGGGCCUACCUGAGAUAGUUUUUCCCUUCGUUUUCAGUCUUUAAGCAGAACUCAUCGAAGGAUGCCGCACAUGCAGAACGUCGAACGGGAUUUUCCCCUGCACUGGGCCCUGAAACCCAUUCGCAUUUCCCAAAGUCUCUCUGCAAAUACUCUUUCCCUUUACCGAAAGAUCUCGCGGAAUAUGUGGCGCUGCUGCACAGAACUCUGCCACAGCCCCAAGUUCCAGCGUUAUUUGAGGUGAGUUGGGGAAUAAACCAAUGUAUAUUCAGAGGUUCACGAUUUAAAUCGAUUCUUUCAGGUUCCUCGAGUCCAGUCUCUGCCAGUUCUAAAGAGCAAUGAGCCAAGAAAUGCGCAGCUGCCUCUGAUUUGCAAUCUUUGCACGUAGACGAUGCCAAAAAGUGUUAGUUGAUUUCGAUUUAUAGCAAAGCUCGGAG